CCAAAUACCCUGGCGUGUGGCCCGGCUAUCUCUCUCACUCCCUCAAAAUCUCCGACGAUGACCUUGAGUCAAUCUACUCUUCUACUCUUCCCUCUCGUAUCGUUUCGGUUUCCGACACGGAUAUUUUCCUGAUAUUUCGUCUGCAGAUGGAAGAGGAAUGAUAUCUUGAUGGGCCAUGGACUCCAGUUAGGACUUCUAAGGAUCGUCCGAUAUCCUAAAAAAGGUCUCCAGAAGACAUGGCAGAUGGUUGGGAGGGAAGUUAUGUACCUGGUAGUCCCUCUGAUGAGGGGAGUUCUCACCCUGAACGAACACACAUCGAGCCUCUUUAUGAUUCCUUCAUCUGUCCUCUUACAAAACAAGUAAUGCGGGAUCCUGUUACCUUAGAAAACGGGCACACUUUCGAGCGCGCAGCAAUCGAAAAAUGGUUCAAGGAAUGUAAGGAGAGUGGAAGGAAGCCGGUUUGCCCAUUGACGUUGAAAGAACUAAGAAGCACUGAUCUGAACCCAAGUAUAGCUCUACGAAAUACAAUUGAAGAAUGGCAUGCAAGAAAUGGAGCUGCUCAGCUUGAUAUUGCUGGUAGAUCACUCUCUUUGGGCAGCUCAGAGAACGAUGUUUUGCAGGCUUUAAGACAUAUUGAGAACAUGUGCCAGAAAAGCAGGUCUAGUAAGCAUGAUGUCCGUAAUGCAGAACUAAUACCCAUGAUUGUUAACAUGCUGAAGAGCAGCAGUAGGAGAGUCCGAUGUAAAGCACUUGAAACCCUUCAUGUAGUGGCAGAGGAUGAUGCUGACAAUAAGGCAGCUAUGGCUGAAGGGGAUACUAUACGUACAAUUGUUAAAUUCUUGUCACAUGAGCAUUCCCAGGAGAGGGAGGAGGCUGUGUCUUUGCUGUAUGAGUUGUCAGAAUCUGAAUCUUUAUGUGAAAAGAUUGGCCAGGUAAAUGGGGCAAUUCUUAUAUUAGUUGGAAUGACAAGCAGUAAGUCGGAGAACAUUUUGGCUAUCGAGAAAGCUGAAAAAACACUGGAGAAUCUGGAGAAGUGCGAAAAAAAUGUGCUGCAGAUGGCUGAAAAUGGCAGACUGCAACCUCUCCUUACACUCCUCCUUGAAGGUUCACCUGAAACCAAAUUGACCAUGGCUUCAUACCUUGGAGAGCUGGUUCUGAGUGCUGAUGUGAAGGUUUUUGUGGCCAGGAUGGUGGGUCCAUCACUGAUCGAUGUGAUGAGAAGUGGCAGUAUGCAGGCGAGGGAAGCUGCCCUCAAGGCUCUUAACCAAAUCUCAUCAUGCGAGCCAAGUGCCAUGGUAUUAAUCGAGGCUGGGAUCCUUCCCCCACUUGUCAAAGAUCUCCUCACCGUUGGUGUCAAUCAGCUUCCCAUGAGGCUGAAAGAAAUCUCCGCAACGGUUCUUGCCAAUGUUGUGAGCUCCGGCUGUGAUUUUGAAUCCAUUCCCAUUGGUCCCAACAACCAGACUCUCGUCUCAGAAGACAUAGUCCACAACCUACUCCAUCUGAUCAGCAACACGGGUCCCAACAUUGAGUGUAAGCUACUUCAAGUCCUUGUUGGGCUCACAGCUUCUCCCGCAUCGGUUCUGAAUAUAGUUUCUGCCAUUAAAAGCUCUGGUGCUACAAUCAGUUUAAUUCAGUUCAUUGAAGCUUCCCAGAGGGAUCUGCGUGUAGCUUCCAUAAAGCUUCUCCAUCACCUCUCACCUCACAUGGGUCAAGAGCUUGCAGAUGCCCUACGUGGCACAGCAGGCCAGCUCGGCAGCCUGAUCAAAGUCAUCUCAGAAAACGAAGGGAUCAUGGAAGAGCAAGCGUCUGCAGUUGGGCUGUUAGCCAACCUUCCAGAGAGGGAUUCGGGCCUUACACAUCGGUUGAUGGAAGAAGGUGUCUUUGUGUUGGUCAUCUCAAAGGUGCUGAGGAUGCGGCAGGGGGAGUCCCGUAGUAGCCGAUUUGUCACUCCAUAUCUAGAAGGACUUGCUGGCAUCCUGGCAAGGCUCACAUUUGUUUUGGCUGAUGACCCGAAAGCUGUUGCUCUUGCCCAGGAGCACAAUCUUGCUGCACUGUUCACUGAUCUGCUUCAGUCGAAUGGGCUCGACAAGGUACAGACUCUGUCCGCGAUGGCAUUGGAGAACCUCUCACAAGAGUCGAAACGUCUGACAAAAGUACCAGAUAUGCCAGAGACUGGCUUCUGUUGUUCAAUCUUUCCUUGUUUUAGUCGGAAGCCGGUGAGCACUGGGCUGUGCCAGGUCCACCGCGGGAUAUGUUCGUUGAAGGAGUCCUUCUGUCUAUUGGAAGGAAGAGCGGUGGGGAAGCUGGUAGCGUGUUUGGAUCACACAAACGUGAAGGUGGCGGAGGCAGCGCUUGCAGCACUGUGCACAUUGUUGGAUGAUGAGGUCAACGUCGAGCAAGGCGUGAAUGUCUUAUGUGAGGCUGAGGGGAUUAGGCCGAUAUUUGAUGUCUUGCUUGAGAACCGGACGGAGAUCCUCCGGCAACGGGCUAUAUGGGCUGCCGAGAGGAUUCUGAGAAAAGAAGAUAUUGCAUUUGAAAUUUCUGGUGAUCAGAAAAUGGCAACGGCACUGGUUGAUGCUUUCCGUCAUGGUGAUUAUCGGACCCGGCAGAUCGCCGAGCGGGCACUGAAGCAUGUUGACAAGAUACCCAAUUUCUCUGGCAUCUUUCAGAAGAUGGGUUAAAAAGCAUCAAUGUGGUCCUAUCUUCAUGAAGACAGUGAUUUCGAGGGGGUGGGACAAGGCGGCUGUAUUUCUUUGUUUUGCUCGUUUUGUCGUGUUUGAGGGGAAGACAAAGGCCCUGUUUAAGAUUUUGGUUUGAAUGGGAAGCCUUACAGCGUGUUUGGUAUGCUCAAUUGAACUGGAUUGCAAUUCAUACAAUUGAUUAUAGAAGCAAUGACAAAAGUGGAGGUGACACCAUUUCAAUGACCGAGGACAAUCAAACCCCUGAUUGCAACUCUCUGCAUUUCAAGUUAAGACUUGAAGUGAUUAUAAACUUCAUUUCGAGGGCAAGUUUGUCUUUUUGGAUGAAAUGGAUUACUGCAAAUUAACUUGAUUGAACAUCCAAACACAGCCUUAAAUUCAAGAGUCUGCAUUUGUGUAGUGUGUGCUAUAGUUCUUUUGCCCAUUUGCUUCUUUUCUUGUACUUUUAUAAAUUGUAUUGGGAAAUGUAUUGUUUUUGUAUGGAUCUCUUUACAUGUACUCUAAUGAUGGGUGUUAAUUGUCAUUAAUGCCCGAAAAUCAGAACUAUCGGUUUUCACCAUUUGUUUUUGGAUGAAUUCAUAGAUAUAUUAAAGAAAUUGUUGAGUAA